AUGACUCAGCAGGACGCCAGCCAGGCCAUGGGCAGGGGUCAGCUCAAGGCAAGCAGGCAAGGCGGGUCGGCUGCCGAGAAAUCCCUCGAGGAACUCAAGAGCCUCCGUGUGACUGAGGCUCAGUUUGGACGUGAACUCUCACAAAAGCCCAACUUUGUCAAUCCUUUCAUAAUAGCAUGUGGCACCAAGAACGCAAAGUUCACCGGCAUAGCCAUCGUCUGUCUGCAACGUCUCAUCGUCUCCAAGGCCCUGCCACGGUCCAAGCUCAGUCCCGUCCUCGAGGCUCUGAGGGAGGCUACCUCUGCUGGCCUUGAUGUUCAGCUCAAGAUCCUCCAAGCCUUACCUUCCCUUCUGCAGAAUUACUCUACAGAUAUCAAGGAUGAUCUCUUGGUGACAGCAUUGAACAUAUGCUUCAUUCUCCAGUCCAGCAAAAAUGCCAUCGUCAACAACACAUCAGCCGCAACGCUGCAGCAGCUGGUCGUCACCGUCUUCGACAAGGUUGUCGCAGAGGAUAAGAUUCCUGACGCUCCUUUCGUCGGAGAAGCCCCGGCAGAGGAUGGCGACGUUCAACUGAGGGCAGCGGCACUGGACGCCUUCCGCGUAUUCAACGACCUCUGUCUUCUCACGCAAUCACAACGUCCCGAGUACCUCAGGUUCCAUGGACUUCCGCAGACUUUUGGUCUCGAGCUGAUAGAAUCCGCCCUGACCAACCACGGUGCCAUAUUUGCCACCCACCCCGAGCAGGUCCACAUUCUACGCACCAAGGUGAUGCCGUUCAUCAUCCAGACUCUCUCCGGGAAGCCACACUUUGCUGCUUCCGUCAGACUCUUUCGCAUCUUGUACACACUUCUACGACGUCAUGUUGCUUUGAUACCUAAGGAGAGUGGGGAAGCUCUGGACAUCCUCACCAAGAUAUUGGACCAAGACACAACCUUGUGGAAGAGAUCAUUAUGCAUGGAAGUCUUUCGGGGCAUAUUCGCUGAGCCGGCUCUGCUUCGACGUAUUUUCAGGAUGUAUGAUGCCAAAGAAGGGGAGAAGGAUAUCCUCAAGACUUUGACUGCAACAUUUGUUCGGGUCAGCACUGAAAAGCCGGUUGUGAUUGGGCUCGGUCAUCAGUCAACAAUCCCUGUUGCCAACCCGUAUUCCACGUCUGCUGAUCAAGCUGUGCUUGAUGCUAGCGGCGUGAGUGUUUCAGUGAUAGCAGGUGUUGGAGGCGGUGCUCAUGACACAGGCAUCAGCACGCAAUGGAGCUCCAUGCGCGUGCCCUGCAUCGACCAACUCGAUAAGACUGAUCCUCCUGCCAUACCCGAGUCCUAUGUGUAUAGCCUGACGCUUGCAUGCAUCACAUCGCUAUCCGAAGGUCUAGCCAAAUUUAUACUGCCUCUGACUGCGCCAAGCGAUAGAAGUCGACGGCGUGGCAAGGGCCUGUCAGGUGAAGGUGGCAGCGAUGACCGGUCUGAAAGUCCUGCCCCCCGGCCAGGUCUUCUGGAGAGGUCGGCUUCUUUUAGGAAGAAUCCGAUUUCCGUCAACCCUCUCACUCUUAAGGAGCACCCCUUGUAUGCAGACGUCGAAAGUUGUGCAGGCAUCAUCGAUGAAUGCUGGCCAGCGAUCCUGGCGACAUGCUCGGCCUUCCUAUACGCAGCACUCGACUCUGAAUACUACCAUGGUCUAGUCAGGGCUUUCCAGAGGUUUGCUCAUGUGGCCGGUCUGCUUCAGCUAGCAACUCCAAGAGACGCCUUCUUGACAACCCUUGGAAAGGCGGCCGUUCCUCCGAAUGUUUUCACCGCAUGCAUAAACUCUGGGCAAUCUCGACAAUCAGCACCCUCUUCGGCGCCUGAGCCAACGGGGAACAGUAUUCUGGGCAAUGCUCGGGGUCUCUUGAGUGUGGAAAGCCUCGUCAGUCAGGGUGCGUCAGAGAAACCAAGAUCGCAAUCUUUUGAUGCCAGCGCGUCUGCAUUAAACACUCGAAAUCUUCUGUGCCUAAGGGCGCUGCUGAAUUUGGGCAUCGCUUUGGGACCCACGCUGUCGGUGUCGUGGCAAAUCAUCCUUGAGACACUACAGCAAGCCGAUUUCGUUUUGUUCACGACCGGCAAGACUGCUGGAAGGACUCCCACCGCUGCCAAAGGACCUGAUCCCAAUGCGGAUAAAGAGGCCACUGCUCUCCUCGCCAAUUUCGGCACCGAGGUUAAGGCCGUCGAGACUGCGGCGUCGAGGUUAUUCGAAAGCACGAUCGAUUUUCCCAACAACGCGUUCUUAGAGGUCGUCAACUCCGUUUGCUCCCUUCUGGAGAAACGGCCAACAUCAGAGUUCCCUUUCAAUGCGAAAGACACCCGGCCAGAAACAAUACCAGAGGGUGAAAUUCCAUCUAAUCUUCCAUCGCCAACUUCCCAACACAGGAAAAUGCCAGGCAUAGGCAUGACAUCUGGUCCAGUCCAGCCAGAUCAGUUCGCAUUGGCCAAGCUAGGCGACCUCGCCAGCAUCAACCUCGAGAGACUUCUGGUGCAUCCGCCUGAUGUGUCUGGUUGGAAGCCUUUGGUAUCGGAGCUCAACAAUGCUCUUAGUGCGACCUCCAUAUCAGCCCCUGUCAGAACACGGGCUGCAGAGAUACUCGUUAGACUAAUUUUAGAGGCUGCCAAUGCAACGGCAUCGCAGGCGGAAGACUCGGAGGACCGAGACGUCUCAGUCACCAGCCACUCUACAGACAUCGAGAUUCACAGGGUGGUUCUCGAGGGUCUCAAGACUAUUCUGGAAAACUGCGGUGAAAGCCUAACCAAUGGCUGGCACCUAACUUUUGAAAUCAUCGACAGUAUCUUCCCGAACAAUGUCUCUGGCUCUGAUAAGAAGCAAACUGGCACCAAGCUAUCGACGAGGUCAAUCAAGCUGAUUAAGGCAUCCUUCGGCUCGCUUCAGCUCAUCUGCUCCGAUUUCUUGUCUUCACUGCCAAAUACGUGUUUCCUGCAACUUGUCGAUACCCUCUACAAAUUCUGCUCACAGGACGAUGAUCUCAAUGUUGCGCUCACUACCGUUACUUUUUUCUGGGCAAUAUCAGAUUUCCUGUCCGAAAAGAGCAAUUCCAUGUCCAUCACCGAGGACAUGGUAGGCGGCGGCAAAGACGAAGCACUGAUUGCACUCGCCUCACAUCCCGAAAAGGACGGCUCUAGUGCAGCACUCUGGAUGCUUCUCCUUCUGCGUCUGACCGCGGUGACGGCGGAUCAACGAUUGGAGCUCCGAAAUAGCGCUAUACAAACACUACUUCGCAUCAUACACGCCUACGGUAGCACUCUAGGACCGCAGGCUUGGUCGAUAUGUACCAAGUAUGUCAUCUUCAAAUUGCUUUCUUCUAUUGAAGAGAGACUGCGAAUCGUGAGGAACGAGGACGUCAAAGACGACACAAAACAAGAGUGGAAUGAGACUGCCGUCGUUAUUGUGCAGGGUGUCUCAAACCUCCUCGCCAACUACUUGGACGUUCUGACAUCGUUCCCUGCUUUUACGGCUUUAUGGCAAGAUUUGAUCAAUCACUAUGCUGCUUUGAUUGACUUUAAGGCCCUUGAUAUCAACAGCGCAACGUUCUCCAGUCUAGGAGACAUUCUCUCCAAAUGCGAAGAAUCAUCCAAGUCCAGCUUCGACAAGAAGACCAUUGAUCUAGUUUGGGACCUCUGGUCACGAGGCAUCCCAGCAAGCGAACAGACAGGCGAUGGAAACUUCGAUGACAAGCAGAAAUGCUUGAUGUCUUGGGUCGAGGCUUUACUGGAGCUGUACCGUCUCAUACAGGCCGAUCUCACAGUGGAAAGAGUCAAGCGCAUGCUCCGCCUUUUACGAGACGCAAUGCAACAAGCCCAGCCUGGGUCGUAUGCCAGCGAUAUUGAGUACUUGACCCCUUUGCAGGGCCGGAUAUUGGAGGUCUUCAAGAUCGUGCGAACAGACAUUUCUGGCGUUCCAUCAGCGAUGAUCUCUCAGGUUGCAGACUUCGUUGCGCUUGCUUUUGAUGAAGAGAGAGCGCAUCAGCCUGCGACGUCGAAACGUACCUACAUCGCCAUGUCCAAGGAGAGUAUGAAUAUUCUGCAUCACCAUGUUGUCUCAAACGCGACAGAUGCAGACAUCUAUGUGAGCGGCGCAUUUUCGAAUGCUUUGACCGCCCUUUCAAAGCCGAUCACUCUGAAGUACGAUUUCCGAAUUGUGACCAAGUCAGAAGAGCCGUGGAAGAUGGCGACUACCACUGUCUUGGCUUUGCUUGAAUCCACCCUACCGCAAGUGAAGGCAGCCAAGAUUUCACAGGCCACAGUACAGGAGAUUUGGGAUGUGAUCGUCAGCAUUUCGAACGGGAUCAUAAAAGCCAAUUACAACAAUGCCUCUGCGAACUCAGACAUUGCAAGAGAUCAGGAAUUUGACAUCGCAUCCUUUCGGUCUCUUAAGGAGCUGAUCAUUCCAUCUCUGGGGUCCGAGUCAAUAUCGGACAAGACGCGUCGAGCAUAUGCUGAAGGUCUAUUCCGCACGUCCAUUAUACACGCACCGGCACCCUCAGAGGCAGAUAUUAUUUUCGGGAGCAACCAUGAUAGGACCGAGAGCAUGGGUCAGGCGUUGGCGGCGCUCUAUAAACCUCGCAACGGACGAACAAUUGACCCACGCCCCACACAGCGAAGGGAGAUGAGCUAUGUGUGUCUAGACGAGCUCUUUGACAUCGUUUCAUUGCACGACCCGAACGCUGCGGGCCCCGAGAUUACCCUGCAGCCACCGACGCCUCGCUUCCCACCACCAGGUGCCUCAGCUGCCGGGCCGCUGGAUCCUCUCAAGUCUCCGGUCCCCGACACUACGGGUACCGGUAGCUCUCAAGGCAACGGCAAGGUAGUGAAGGUGAAGGAGCCUUCCCAUGAACUUCAUGUUCGCCUGGCACGCACAGCAGCGCCGUACCUGAUCCUCCGCUGUGCUCUGACCCUGCGUGCGUUCGUGGCCGACCAACCAUUGCGCGGACGCAUGCCGCAGCCACUGUCGCAGAGACAGGAGCUCGAGCGGAUCCUGCGAUGCCUCAUCGAGCUACAGAGCGAGCCUGAAGCUAUCCCUGGCUUCUCUCAAGUAGACAGCGAGCGGGCUAGACACUUAUACAGCCUGUACCCACUUUUGGUUAAGGCGGCGACGGUGAACCCCGCGGAUGACAAGGUCAUUGGGCUGGUCACUACUUCAUUGGACGUCGUGGGCCGGGAGUUGGGCCUGGGUGUGUAA